UCUCGUUAUUGGUCCUAUGCAGGAGUUCACUGGUGUGUGGGUGAGGGAUCCUCGUAUCCAGAAGGAGGAUUUCUGGCAUGCCUACAUGGAUUAUGAAAUCUGUAUACAUACAAACAGUUUGGCUUUUACUAAGAAGAGUUCUUGUGUGCGGCGGAGAUACAGCGAGUUUGUGUGGCUACGUAAGAAGCUACAGGAAAAUGCCCAGCUCAUAAUGCAUCUGCCCAAACUUCCCCCAAAAAACCCGUUCUUCAGUCUCAACAAUGCCAGACAAAUUGGUACCCGUAUGGAGGGGCUCAGAAAAUUUCUAGAAGCGGUUGUUCACAGCCCAGUGUUUCUAUCAGAUAGUUGCUUGCACCUAUUCCUACAAUCCCAACUGAGUGAGAAGAAGAUGGAGGCCUGUGCUGAGGGCAGAAGCCGCUAUACCGUCUCUGAGGCCAUUCUCAGUUACGGCUCUGGAAUCAAACGCUUUGAUUCAGUUUCAGAGGAGAAUCUGGAGGAGGAGGAGGAUGACAUACACUGUGAAUCAGAGUAAUUGACUUAUACGGGUGUUUGACUAUUUCUUGCUAAAUAUGGAGCCAACUUAUGCAGGCUUCAAAAAAGGCAAUGCUCAAGAUUAUAUGUUUCCUCAAAGUUUACAGGGGACAAUUAAACACGUCCAAGAUUGUUGCCAAAUCCUUGUUCAAUCGGUCUCGCUUUAUCCAUAUUUCAUACACUGAUGGUAAAUUUCAUAUGAUCUGUUUUGAUAAAUCUGUAUUGAGAAAGAAAACCUAAUAAAAUGUUAAAUUAUUUCAAACACAUUAUUACACACAUUAAUG